UUUUGUGCUGCUGCGCCGGGUAUUUAUCAGAAGAGUCGUGACUAUCCGGUUUACACUGCUAGUUAGGUGGUCAGACGGUUCCUGGUAUACUCAGUUUUUCAUUUCAAGCCUGUGGCCUUCGAUAGGGUUCGCAAAGUGCGAUUUUCUGAGUCUUCACUCAUCAUUAAUUUUGUAUAUUUAGUUUAUUUUUAUAUUGUGUGAGUAAGAAUGUCGGCCGAAAGCCCAGAAUACUCUCCGUUCUUCGGAGUAAUGGGAGCCUCUGCGGCUAUGGUGUUCAGCGCCUUGGGAGCAGCCUAUGGCACAGCCAAGAGUGGUACGGGGAUCGCAGCCAUGUCUGUGAUGAGGCCAGAGCUCAUCAUGAAGUCAAUCAUCCCCGUAGUCAUGGCGGGUAUUAUAGCUAUCUACGGCCUGGUAGUAGCGGUGCUGAUUGCCAACAACCUCUCAGACAAAGUCACCCUCUACAAGAGUUUUCUCCAUCUGGGUGCCGGGUUGAGUGUGGGCCUUAGUGGGCUGGCAGCAGGCUUCGCCAUCGGCAUUGUGGGAGACGCAGGCGUGAGGGGCACAGCUCAACAGCCGCGACUUUUUGUGGGCAUGAUCCUCAUUUUGAUUUUCGCCGAGGUCUUGGGUCUCUACGGGCUUAUUGUUGCCCUCAUUCUCUCCACGAAAUAAGAAAGAAAACAACCAAACAUCUCCACCACAAGAUCUGUCCUUUAUGUUGCUGCUGGAGAAAAAGUGUAAAAUGGGGAAAAAAUUGUAAAAAAUUUCUGCCACACGAGAUGAAAGAAGUGAAGGCGGGGAAAAAAUGAAUUAAAAUGGCUCCAUAAAUAUGGUCUUAUCUCAACAAUGUGUACAGUCGUCCCGAUUUGAUAGUCAACUUGUAAAUGCGCAAUGUAGUGAUUCGUCUGUCUUGUGUGUGUGUGUUUCAAAACAGUCGUAUGAUGAAGAUUCCUUUUUUUCCCUCCACUUAUGUCAGGCCUUGAGGCCGGCUGAGGCAGCCCAGCCUCUGGUCAUAGAGAGCUGACCAAAGGGCCGCACAGCUUUUUCUCCUCCCACAUCAACCCGGGAGUUGACACAGUUUCUGCAUUAAUCUCGAGGAUCUAUUUGUAAAGAGAAAUGUAUAUGGACUUACGAUUUUUUUCCACUGAUUUUAUUUAUAAGAAAUUGUUCAUUGAACUGUUUAAUGCAGCAAAAGUCUUUAAUUCCCCAAGAUAUAUUAUACAUAUUAUAUACAGACAUAUAAAUAUCUAUAUAGAUAGAUUUAAUGCACUGUGGGGUAAUUGUGAUAAGUGGUUGGAAUUCCUCUGGAUGUAAUUCUUGGUUUAAUAAUUAAGAUUGCCUUUAGUAUGUUGCUGGUGAAGUGGGAGUUUUUGUGUGUAGCUGUAUUCUAAUCAUUACGCAAACAUUCUCAAACUUCAGUGUUUCUCCUGUAGUACUGCUGUUUGCAUUAAAGGUGUGUGUGCCCCAUGUUGGGUCUCACAAGUGUAAUUUCCAAAUUUCCAUCUCCUCUCCAUCUCAUUCACCCCUCUCCCCCCUCUCAUCUGUGGCUGUACUUCAUCUCUUCCAUAUUCCAGCCAUUAAACUCCUGCAUGGGUUUCAGUGUCUUGUUGCUGUUGGAUAUAAAGGCUGAAGAGCAGACUACUUCCAGAAGAUUAAACCAGAUCAAAAUGUAUGUUUUGUGUCAUAAAGCUCCUCCAAAAAAUGACACAAGACUUGAUGAUUUCCUUUGUAGCGUGUAGCAGAAAUCCACUGGGAUUAGUGAUCAGGUUUGGCCUAGUUUAAUGCAGACUGAUACAAUUUGAUCUGGAGUUUGUUUUCUGAAAAUGGACCUGCUGGUGAUGCAUUUACUGAAGCGCCAAUCUACAAUCUUGUAUUACCGCUGGUAUUGAAAUUAUCCUGAUGUGUCGACGUGUGUCACAAUCGAAUUAAAGAAGAUUCCAACUUAGAUUUGACUGGCUUCAACACACAAUGAGGUGUUUUCAGAACUGUGUAUUCUGCUGUGAAACAAGCUUUGAAAGGCAUCAUGACUUUACAACUUUAUUACUAAAUGAUGUUUCCAAAAAUGCUGUAAAAAAGACUCACUGAGUGGCUGUUUUUCACUCUGUGGUAAAGCCUGAUAAUCUUCACACUGUGGUUUACGCCCUGCAGAACUGCAGCACUGAGAGAUAACUGCUAACAAAGGCUGCCUUGUACUGUUAGCAGAUAGUGAUUUGAAAUGACAAGGUGUGAAACAAGAAAAUCAUUAAAAAGCUUUAUAUGAUCAACUGUACAGGAUGAAAUUCAACAUGGAAAUCAUUACAUUUGCAUUAUUCUGUACUUUUCACAACAUAAUCCUGAAUAAAUUGAUGUCUCAAGA